AUGAAUGAAAAUUGCAUUACAACUGCCCGAGCGAAUGAACUGAAAUUCCAACAAAAACGAAAAAGUAAGCUAUUUACGCUUGCCUUGUGGGUAGAUGACGACGCUCUUACAAUGUGUAAGCACUGUCUAAGGGAGGGCUUGGUGGUGACGGUGGUGGUGGGAGAAGUGGCGGCGAUGGAUCGGAGUCCUCCGGAUGAAUACAGUGAGAUGAACCGAGAGGAAGAUAAACAGGGCAGCAACUUUAGCAUUACUUUAGACUUCG